CCGCCUCCAGCGAAGCGCUGCCUCCGCGGAGGGGAGGGCGCCCGCGGCCCCGCGCGCGGCUCAGCGUCACGGCGGCGGCUCCUCCGCGGACCCUGGUCCUCGCCGCGGCGAGAAGCAGCCGGCCCCGGGCCGCUAGAGCCCUGCUCGGCGCCCCGCGCGCCUCCCUGCCGCUCCCGCCUCGGGCCGGCCGCGGCGCCGGGAGCCCGAGCGAUGCUGCGCCGCCCUGCGCCCGCGCUGGCCCCGGCCGCCUGGCUGCUGCUGGCCGGGCUGCUGUGCGGCGGCGGGGUCUGGGCCGCGCGAGCUAACAAGCACAAGCCGUGGCUUGAGCCUACCUAUCACGGCAUCGUGACCGAGAAUGACAACACAGUGCUGCUGGACCCCCCGCUGAUUGCCCUGGACAAAGACGCCCCUCUGCGCUUCGCAGAGAGUUUUGAGGUGACAGUCACCAAAGAAGGUGAGAUCUGUGGAUUUAAAAUUCAUGGGCAGAAUGUGCCCUUUGAGGCAGUGGUGGUGGAUAAAUCCACUGGCGAGGGAAUCAUUCGCUCCAAAGAGAAACUGGACUGUGAACUGCAGAAAGACUACACAUUCACCAUCCAGGCCUACGACUGUGGGAAGGGGCCCGACGGGGCCACCGUGAAGAAGUCUCAUAAAGCAACUGUCCAUAUUCAGGUGAACGAUGUGAACGAGUACGCACCUGUGUUCAAGGAGAAGUCAUACAAAGCGACGGUCGUCGAGGGGAAACGGUACGACAGCAUCGUGAGGGUGGAGGCUGUGGAUGCAGACUGCUCCCCUCAGUUCAGCCAGAUUUGCAGCUAUGAAAUCGUCACUCCAGAUGUGCCGUUCACAGUCGACAAAGAUGGUUAUAUCAAAAACACGGAGAAGCUAAACUACGGGAAGGAGCACCAGUAUAAACUGACCGUCACGGCCUACGACUGCGGCAAGAAAAGAGCCACGGAAGAUGUUUUGGUUAAGGUCAGCAUUAAGCCCACCUGCACUCCUGGCUGGCAAGGAUGGAACAAGAAUAGGGUGGAGUAUGAGCCUGGCACGGGCGCCUUGGCCCUCUUCCCAAACGUCCACUUGGAGACGUGUGAUGAGUCAGUGACCUCGGUGCGGGCAACGGUGGAGCUAGAGACCAGCCACAUAGGGAAAGGCUGUGACCGCGACACCUACUCCGAGAAGUCCCUUCACCGGCUCUGUGGUGCUGUGUCUGGCACUGCCGAGCUGCUCCCUUCCCCAAGCAGCUCCUUGAACUGGACCGUCGGCCUCCCCACCGACAACGGCCAUGACAGCGACCAGGUCUUCGAGUUCAAUGGCACUCAAGCAGUCAGGAUCCCAGAUGGCGUCGUUUCUGUCAAUCCAAAAGAGCCUUUUACGAUCUCUGUAUGGAUGAGGCAUGGGCCCUUCGGCAGGAAGAAGGAGACGAUUCUUUGCAGUUCAGACAAAACAGAUAUGAACCGGCACCAUUAUUCACUGUUUGUCCACGGCUGUCGGCUUAUUUUCCUCCUCCGUCAGGAUCCUUCAGGAGAGAAGAAAUACAAACCUGCCGAAUUCCACUGGAAGUUGAAUCAGGUCUGCGAUGAGGAAUGGCACCACUAUGUCCUCAACGUGGAAAUCCCAAGGGCGACUCUCUACGUGGAUGGUAUUUCUCACGAGCCCUUCUCCGUGACUGAAGAUUAUCCGCUUCAUCCAUCCAGGAUCGAGACUCAGCUCGUGGUCGGGGCUUGCUGGCAAGAGUAUUCAGGAGUUGAAAAUGACAAUGAAACUGAGCCUGUGCCUGUGGCCUCUGCAGGUGGUGACCUGCACAUGACCCAGUUUUUCCGAGGUGAUCUGGCUGGCCUGACGAUCCGCUCUGGGAAACUGGCAGACAAGAAGGUGAUUGACUGCCUGUAUACCUGCAAAGAGGGCCUGGACCUGCAAGUCCCUGAAGAUAAUGGCAGAGGCGUGAAGAUCGAAGCCAACCCCAGCCAGUCGAUGUUGACCUUGGAGGGAGCAGAUGUGGGGGUGCUGGAGAAGGCCCUGCAGCACGUCGCCUACCUGAACUCCCGGCAGUUCCCCACGCCUGGGAUCCGGAGGCUCAAACUCAGCAGCACGGUGAAGUGUUUGAACGAGGCCGCCUGCAUCUCAGUGCCCCCGGUAGACGGCUACGUGAUGGUUUUGCAGCCGGAGGAGCCCAAGAUCAGCCUGAGUGGCGUCCACCAUUUUGCUCGAGCGGCUUCGGAAUUUGAAAGCUCGGAGGGGGUUUUCCUUUUCCCCGAGCUUCGGAUCAUCAGCACCAUCACGAGAGAAGUGGAGCCCGACGGGGAAAGGGACGAGGACCCCACAGUUCAAGAGUCCCUGGUGUCUGAGGAGAUCGUGCACGACCUGGAUACCUGCGAGGUCACGGUGGAGGGAGACGAGCUGAACCCAGAGCAGGAGGCCUUGGAGGUGGACCUGGCCCGCCUGCAGCACAGGGGCAUUGAAGUCAGCAGCUCCGACCUGGGCGUGAUCUUCACAGGUGUGGACACCAUGGCCAGCUACGAGGAGGUUUUGCACCUCCUGCGCUAUCGAAACUGGCACUCCAGGUCCUUGCUUGGCCGGAAGUUCAAGCUCAUCUGCUCUGAGCUGAAUGGACGCUACGUCAGUAACGAAUUUCAGGUGGAGGUGAAUGUGAUCCACACAGCCAACCCCAUGGAACACGCCAGCCACAUGGCCGCCCAGCCCCAGUUCGUUCACCCCGAGCAUCGCGCCUUCGUUGAUCUCUCGGGUCACAACCUGGCCAACCCUCACCCGUUCGCAGUUGUCCCCAGCACGGCCACCGUGGUGAUUGUGGUGUGUGUCAGCUUCUUGGUCUUCAUGAUUAUCCUGGGAGUGUUCCGGAUCCGGGCUGCCCAUCAGCGGGCCGUGCGGGACCAGGACACCGGCAAGGACAAUGAGAUGGAUUGGGACGAUUCGGCCCUGACCAUCACUGUGAACCCCAUGGAGACGUACGAGGACCAACACAGCAGCGAGGAGGAGGAAGAGGAGGAGGAGGAAGAGAGUGAGGACGGCGAGGAGGAGGACGACAUCACCAGUGCCGAGUCGGAGAGCAGCGAGGAGGAGGGUGGGGAGCACGGGGACCCGCAGACCGCGAACAGGCAGCAGCAGCUGGAGUGGGACGACUCCACCCUGAGCUACUGAGCCGCGUGGCUCCCUCCUCCCGUUCUGCUUCACAAGACUCUGCUGUCGCCCGCUCGUCACCCCAGCCCCCAGGGUCCACGAUGUACAAAGUCAUUCUGGCCAGUAGGUCUGCAGACCCGCCCCCUGCCCCUGUCUGCUUGGUGUAGGACCCUAGGCUCCCGCCCUCCCGCCCUCUCCGCCUGGAUCUCUUAAGUUAUGUGAGGAGCGGACUCGUGCUCUCUCGUCACCUUGCUCUGCGUGGCCCCCUCGCGCCUCCAGAAAAGCCGCAGUGACUGGACUCGUUGACAAAAGGUUAAAGUUGCUCGUUCCUACCUGGUAAUCCCUUUCUUUCUUUCUUUUUUUUUUAAGUUUUUAUUUUUUCCGAACUAGUGCAUGUAUAAAAUGCAGAAUGGGGGUUAAUAUGUAGAUGAACUGACUUUUUAAUAUUUUGUAAAUAAAUUGGGAUUCCUUGUGUCCUUUGUACUAGCGUAAUGCAGGACUGGAAUGCAAAGUGAAAUGCGAAACAUUGAGCGCAGGGGGGCCCCCCCCGCGGGCUCCUGCUGCCCUGUCCCUCCCCUCCCCUCCCUGACAAGGAGAAAGGGGCCUGCCCCACUCGCACACCGUGACACUCAGCCUGGACACUCGGCCUCAGGCGUCCUCUGGCGUGUGGCCCCAGCAGUCGAAGGGCAGGGUUUAUGCGCUGCUUCGUGGGAGGGGCUGCAUCCGGGACCCUCUCAGGAGGCUGGCCACAGCCAGGUCUUGUCUUUGGGACUCUGCUCGGUUCUCCUGUGGUAGAGGGGUAGGGGGCUGGGGUCCCUGGCCUCUUGGGCACACAGCUCCUUGUGCAGGCACCCGGACUCCUUGUCCGCAGCCUUGGGGGGCUACACUUAGAUGUACAUUUCCUUGCGGGUGAAAGGACAUAUAGAUGAUACGGAUGGUGGUGCAAACCAUUUGGAGGCAGCAGAACACCUGAGUGAUCCCAUACUCAGGUCUGGGAACAGAGUCCCUGAAGGGACACCCAGGGGCCCAAGGCAAAGAGCUGGAUUUCCCCCAAACACCCAAGCUCUCCUGUCCACCCCCCAUCCCCGGGGUAAAAGCCACUCCCUGGGGGUGAGGUAGGUACCUGUGGCUGGUUGUGCUUGGUGGCUGUGCUUGGUGGCGAGGGAAGGGAGAGGAGUCAUGAGCUAAAACCCCUAAAGCACUUUGUUUUUAAUUUACAUGUAAAAUUUUAGAUUUCUAAAACGGGGGGAAAAUAAUUUUGAAUACUGUUCUGUGAUCAUAACUGCUAGUUUCGAGGACACUGCCCGCUGUCUCUUUGUCGUGUGUGGUCAUCCCCCCGUGUACUGUCGCCGUAGCUGCGGGUAGAUGUGUUAGCUAACGCGCAGACCAGACGUCCUCGCACCGUCUGUAGCCGCCGUGGUCCCACCUUUCCAUUGUGUAUAUUGAUGACAGGUCAGAAAGUGUCUCCACUACAAUAAAGUUCUGGUUCUAACUCCA